UCAGAAUAUUCGAAUUAUCAGUCGAGUAGUAUACAACUGAUAUUUGAAGUUGUCAAGUGAAUUAUUUGACAUUUUUCGAAAGUUAGUGCAGUAAAACGUAAUAUUGUGCGAAAUUACAUCAAAAAUGGUUAAAUCUCCAGCAGUUGGUAUCGAUUUGGGCACCACGUAUUCCUGCGUGGGUGUCUGGCAACAUGGAAAAGUGGAAAUCAUCGCCAACGACCAAGGCAACAGAACAACACCCAGCUAUGUUGCUUUCACAGAUACAGAGCGUCUCUUGGGGGACGCUGCGAAGAAUCAAGUGGCGUUAAAUCCCAGCAACACAGUUUUCGAUGCCAAGCGUCUCAUCGGCAGAAAGUUCGACGAUCCAAAAAUCCAGCAAGACAUCCAGCAUUGGCCGUUUAAAGUUAUAAGUGAUGGUGGCAAGCCUAAAAUCCAAGUAGAGUUCAAGGGUGAACGUAAAACCUUCGCUCCAGAAGAGAUUAGUUCGAUGGUUCUUACAAAAAUGAAAGAAACUGCAGAAGCUUAUUUGGGUACCAAAAUAGUAGAUGCCGUCAUUACCGUUCCAGCCUAUUUCAACGAUUCACAAAGACAAGCUACCAAAGAUGCCGGUGCUAUAGCUGGUCUCAACGUUUUGAGAAUUAUUAAUGAACCAACAGCAGCAGCCUUAGCUUAUGGUCUUGACAAAAAUCUGAAAGGUGAAAAGAAUGUACUCAUCUUCGACUUGGGUGGAGGUACCUUUGAUGUUUCCAUUUUGACCAUCGAUGAGGGCUCAUUGUUUGAAGUAAAAUCCACAGCUGGUGACACUCAUCUUGGUGGCGAAGACUUCGACAACAGGUUAGUCAAUCAUUUUGCUGAUGAAUUUAAGAGAAAAUAUAAGAAAGAUUUGACGAGUAAUCCUAGAGCCAUAAGAAGACUAAGAACAGCAGCUGAAAGGGCAAAACGUACUUUAUCAUCCAGUACUGAAGCCACACUUGAAAUUGAUGCCCUUUACGAAGGUAUCGACUUUUAUACCAGAAUCAGCAGAGCAAGAUUUGAAGAAUUAUGCUCAGAUUUGUUCAGAAGUACGUUACAACCAGUUGAGAAAGCCCUGAAUGAUGCCAAACUAGAUAAAGGGCACAUCCAUGAUAUUGUUCUUGUCGGUGGCUCUACUAGAAUUCCAAAGAUCCAGCAACUGCUACAAAAUUUGUUUAAUGGAAAAACUCUGAACCUUUCCAUCAACCCAGAUGAAGCAGUAGCAUAUGGAGCCGCAGUACAAGCAGCUGUUUUAAGUGGAGAGACCCAUUCCAAAAUCCAAGAUGUCUUAUUGGUUGAUGUUGCUCCAUUAUCUCUAGGUAUCGAAACAGCAGGAGGGGUGAUGUCGAAAAUCGUCGAAAGAAACUCUAGAAUUCCAUGUAAACAAACCCAGACGUUUACAACAUACGCUGAUAACCAACCUGCAGUAACCAUCCAAGUAUUUGAAGGUGAAAGAACUAUGACGAAAGAUAACAAUCGUCUGGGAACAUUUGAUCUCACUGGCAUUCCUCCUGCACCUCGUGGAGUUCCAAAGAUUGAAGUUACCUUCGACUUAGAUGCCAAUGGUAUCCUUAACGUUUCCGCUAAAGACACAAGCUCAGGCAAAUCACGCAACAUCACCAUAAAGAAUGACAAAGGGCGAUUGACACAACAAGAAAUCGACAGAAUGUUAUCGGAAGCCGAAAAAUACAAAGAAGAAGAUGAACGACAGAAAGAGAAAAUAACAACAAGAAACCAACUUGAAGGGUACAUUUUCCAACUAAAACAAGCUGCUCAAGAAUCGGGAGACAAGCUAUCAGCUGAAGACAAAGCUACUGUUGAACGAGAAUGCGAUAGUUGCUUGAAAUGGUUAGACCGCAACACUUUAGCUGACAAAGAAGAAUACGAAGACAAACAAAAAGAAUUGACUAGAAUUUGCAGUCCAAUUAUGUCCAAAUUACACCAAUCUGGAGGUCAAGGCAACACUCCUUAUGGUGGAGGGAUGCCGGGAGGUUGUACAGGACAAACGGCUGGUGAUGGUUAUGGAGGAAAACAAGGAGACGGAAGUGGACCAACCAUUGAAGAAGUAGAUUAAAUUUAUCAUUUUUUCGAUAUGAUUUCUUUUUGUAAGACUGAUUUUUUAGUUGUAACAUAUUUCUAUAAUUUUUCUACCUCAUAUACUCAUGUACUUUGUUUUUAAGUAAUUAUUAAAUAAACAAUGUUUAAUUAU